UGUUUUGUCAUUCUUGAUUGAUCAUUCUCUAUUGUUAUUUUAAAAAACAAAUCUGAAAUCAAGCAAAAAUCUCAUCUAAAACCCGGUGAAGUAUUAUCAGACGGCUAUAUAAUGUAGCCGAAAUAUCAGUUUCUCGAUUUGUUAUUUUAUUGAAGCAAAAAAAGUUGUCCAAGACCUGUCACCCAUGUGAAAAACUAUUCGCCCCCUUAAACUUAAAAUCUGGUUGUGCCGCGUUUAGCGGCAAUAACCGCAACCGAACGCUUCCGAUAACCGGAGAUCGGUCUUCCACAGCACUGUGGAGGGAGCUGGGAGAACCCUCCUGCGGUGAAGCACGGUCGCAUAUCAGCAGCUGAUUGUCUGCUAUUGCUUUAAACAGUGGAACAGCUGAUGACCCUUGGAGACACUUUGGUGUCAGAGGGGAAUGCCUAUACAUUUUCUCUCACAUAUCUUUUCUUUUUUAUUAUUAUUAUUAUUAUUAUUAUUAUUGUUAUUAUUAUUAUUUUUUUAAAAUGAUUGUGAAAUAUCACCCUGGACUCGCAUUUACUAUAUUAUAAAUAACAAUUUAUCCAAGCAUGCCUAGACCUGUCUUAACAGUCACUCAAGUGUACAUCUCAUUUACAAACUGUAGUCAGUGUGUAUAAAAUCCAAACUACGUAAUGUCAUUAGUGACGUAUGUUCAUUUGCUCCUUAUAUAUUGUAUAUUGAGAAUGAUAUCUGAUGUGCUUCAGGUUGUUUUAACGUAAAUACAUUUUAAAUGAGUUAGAACGAAUACACGGUGAGAACAGGUGAGAAGAGAGUUCCUGAGCGGACACCGGGGUCUAAAAAACCAGCCACCUCACUGCCUGUCGAAAUCUCUUUUCUAAUUAUAAACUCCUGCAGCAACCGUCCUAGAAUGGAAGUUUAACCAGAUCCAUCUGUGCCCUAAAAUUAGACCCUCUUGGUGGCCAGGCCUCAUGGAAUCUCUAUGUCAGACUGUCACCUUUGUCUGCUUCAGAGAUGUUCAAUUAGCUUGCCUUGUGACUCCACAGCACAAGCGAUCGUUCGGAAACGAUUUAGAAACUUAAGUUUGGGCUACAGUUGACUCUCUUGGAGUUUUGUGCUGGUAAAAAAAUGAUAUUGAAGCCUUGACAAGUUUUCCGAAACAUGAUGUUGGACACGUCCACCAAAAUGAGCUUAAUGGACAUCACCAAGAUUUUCUCUCUCCUCCGACCCAAAGAGGAUGAAGAUGAAGAUGGCUGUCAGCAGUUAAAUAAGGCCAUUGCUGAAGAUGACGACCAACUUCUGGCUGAUCUGCUCUCUCAAGAGCGCUACAGGAGAUGUAUCAAUAGCAGAAGUGGCUGGGGAAUACCGAGUACACCAUUAAAAACUGCGGCCGCUCAUGGUCACCUCCGCUGCCUGGAGCGCCUUUUAGCCCACGGUGCUGAGGUGGACAGCCUGGAUGUGAAAGCCCAGACUCCGCUUUUCACAGCGGUCAGUGGCAAACACCUUGGCUGCGUCUCUGCUCUGCUCAAAGCUGGUGCUGAUCCAAAUGGAAGCCAAUAUAACAACUGUUCUCCACUGCUAACUGCAGCCAGAGAGGGAGACGUGGACAUUUUGAAGGAGCUGCUGUAUUACGGUGCUGAGACAGACGUCCAAGCCAAAGUUCCAGACUGGGCUUCCAAUGCCACGACGUGCCGAGGGCCUCUCUACAUCGCGGCCGUUUACGGACACCUGGACUGCUUCAAGCUGCUGCUGCUACACGGUGCCGAUCCGGACUACAACUGCAAGGACAAGAAAAUACUGGCGAGGAUCAAACGGUCAAACACAGUGCUGGACACAUGUCUCAAAUAUGGCUGCCAAUCGGAAUACAUUCAGCUCCUUAUAGACUUCGGAGCCAACAUCUACAUCCCAGUGGUGAUUACGGAGAAAACGAGAGAGCAGGAUCAGGUCAUUAAGCUGCUGCUUAGAGAAAGAGUCUUUCUAUUUGCAGUUUGCCCCAAAACACUGAUGUCUCAGAUUCGGCUCGCGAUACGGAAGUACCUUUCUGCUGCACACAAACUGGACUUGAUUGAUGAGCUGGAUAUCCCACAAAUGCUGAAAAAUUAUUUGAAACAUACUACAUGACUCUCCUCUGUGUGAGCUUGACUACAAUAAACGUUAGGUAUGUAAUACACUGUAUUGUACCUUUAUAUUGAUGUUUUAUACCGUCCAGACGGAAUCACAAUUAAGAUUAUAGAGUAUAUAUAUUAUAUGCAGUAUAAAAAGAAACUCGAAAAGAUUUAGACAGUUUGCGCCUACACUCAUCUCCAAAAAUAUUUGGACAGUAACGAUUUUUUUCCCCCCUCCAUAUUUUUGCCUCUGUACACUAGCAGAAUGUAUUUGAAAUCAAGCAGUUAAGAUGUGACCGGAGUGUAAACUUUCGGCUUUAACUCGAGGGCUCUGACAGAAAGAUCGCGUUUUGCGAACCGUUUAGGAAUUACGGACUCUUAUUCGAGUCCUUCCAUUUCCACAGGCUCAAAAGUAAUUGGACAACCGAACGAUUGGCAGGUAUGGCCCGUUCCCUCGUCACUUCACGACAAAUGAAGGAGAUAAAAGGUUUGGGGUUGUUUCCAAGCAUUGAAUUUGCAUUUGGUAGAUCACAGGAACUCUAAAUAUGCAGUCCAAAGAGGUGUCGAUGCAAGCGAAGGAAGCCAUCGUUAAGCUGACCCCAGAAACCAACCACCUCCCCACACACACACACACACACACAAAACAGACCUAUCAGAGAGACAGCAGAACCUAUAGAGUUAUUUUUUUCUGCUCAGAUUCAGUCAAAUGCUGCAAAACAUGGCCUGGCAAAGUAUAAAGGGAAGAAACUGAGCAUUUUGGUGAUGUCCAUGAGGACACUCAAGAAGAGUAGGAACUGAUGUGUUGGAUAUAGUGGGCAAGCUUUCAAGUAAAAACAAAAUAGUUGCAUAAAACUAGAUCUGAUGAAAGAAUAAUGGAAGAAGGACAGAUAUUAUAUUAUUAGAGAACAUUUCUAUUACAGUCAGACUUGGGUAUGCAAAUACUUCCCACUAAGCCUUUUUUUGACCGGUUUAUGUCACUGAUCUUCUCAGUCAGGUAUCUCCGAACAUGUUCCUGCAUGAGUUUAGCGUUUUUCUUGACAGUUAGGUAUGUGUGUGUGAUCCUCAGUGAUCAUCAGGUGUGUGAUAGGAAUUCUUUUUUUUUUUUCCAUUUUAUUGAUGUUUUGAAUUAGUUGAGAUAUUGAAUUGGACUUGCUUUGACUGUUUUUUUUAAAAAUCUUUACUUGAUUUUUUGCACCCUUUUGUAAGUGUUUGAAUCGUUUUUAAUCAUAUUAUACGACCUGGAGGGAGCCUAAACAUUCAUUUGUUAAUAAAGUCACGUCCAGAAUAA